UCUUUUUACCUUGUCAGAAUCGCAUGAAGAUUCAAAGAUAGAAUCAUCACCGACUCCUAAUUUCCUUCUAAUCCCAAAAUACCCAAAACCCUGACCCUAAAUUACCAAAACCCUCAUCGAUUUCGAUUAAAAAUGGCCGGCGUCCUUCCUCGGCUCUACGUCAACGCCGCCCAUCAAUUUCCUCUCUCUUCUCUCUUACCCGUACCCGCUCGCUCGAUCAAUCUCCGAUGCCGUCCGGGGUCCAGCGCCGCCCUCUUUUGCCGCCCGAAACGGCCGUCUCGCUUUAAGGUGCAUGCUGUUGGUGCUGAAAAUGAUGGACCAAAGUGGUGGGAGAAGAAUGCCGGGCCAAAUAUGAUUGAUGUUCAUUCAACACAAGAGUUCAUUGACGCUCUCAGCCAAGCAGGAGAAAAGCUUGUGAUUGUUGAAUUCUAUGGAACUUGGUGUGGGUCUUGCCGCGCCCUGUUUCCAAAGCUAUGUAGAACGGCUCAAGAAAAUCCUGAUAUUAUAUUUUUGAAAGUUAAUUUUGACGAAAACAAGCCAAUGUGUAAAAGAUUGAACGUUAGGGUGCUUCCCUUUUUCCAUUUUUAUCGUGGUGCUGAUGGGCAGUUGGAUGCUUUUUCAUGUUCGCUGGCAAAGUUUCAAAAAAUAAAAGAAGCUAUAUCAACACACAACACAGCCAGAUGUAGCAUUGGACCUCCAUUAGGCGUGGGAAAUCUUGACGUUGUUGAUUCCUUAAACCCUCAGGAAAAGCCAGCUGAAGCGAGUUCCAGAUAGUAUCUUCCACCGUACAGUUUCAGGUUUAAGAUAUUGUUUUUUCUGUAUCAUAUUUGUAUCAUAUGCAACUUGGGUCAAUUAUUUACGUUGUUGGGAAAACCACAAAUCUUUCUUCAAUCUUGAGUUCAAUUUCUUUUAACACGGACCUAACCCUGGCGGUGCAGAUUAAAUUUUGUAUUAAAAGAGCCCAUGUCUUCUCUUU